GAUUUCUCUUGCACAAUUUUAGAUAUUCUGGCUUCUAGCUAGCUGGCAUAUGUAUAGUACUGCUGGUACAUGUCUUGGUGAUGGUCUAUAUAUGAUGGCACCUCGCAAUGGAGAGAGUACCCACACUUGAGUUGCAUUAAUAUUGUGCUUAUUGUUGCUACUCAAAGACCCACAUAUCUAAUAAUCCAAGACAAGCCAUGGUCAAUAUCGAAGGCGAUUUACACAUGACCAGUGGGGAAGGAGAAGGUAGCUAUGCCAAGUACUCCAGGCGUCAGACAAUUGUUAUAGAUGAAACUAAGCCAGUCAUCGAGAAAGCUAUAAUAGAAGUGUACAAGGCUAUUCUCCCCAAAACUAUGGUCAUUGCAGACUUAGGUUGCUCUGCAGGACCAAAUACGAUGUUCUUCAUGUCCAAUGUCAUCAACAUCAUAGCAGACCACUGUACUAAGUUGGAUGAACAUGAUCCUAUCGAACUUCAGUUCUUCCUAAAUGACUUACCAGGUAAUGAUUUCAACCAACUCUUUCGAUCACUCGAAAAGAUCAAGACCUCAACUACGAUGUAUCACAAGGGAGAUUCGCUUCCAUCAUACUACAUAUCCGGUUUGCCAAAAUCAUAUUACUCUAGACUUUUCCCUCGUCAGAGUGUUCAUCUCUUCCACUCCUCGUAUUGUCUUCAUUGGCGCUCCCAGGUGCCAGAGGGACUAGAGGCUGGUGGAAAAUCUCUCUCAAAUAAGGACAACAUAUACAUCAGCUCCACCACAACACCAUUAGUAGUGAAAUUAUUCAAAGAACAGUUUCGAAAGGACUUUUCCCUUUUCCUCAAGCUCCGCCAUGAAGAACUAGUAAACGAUGGACACAUGGUGCUAAUAUUUUUUGGACGGAAGGAUGAGGAUGUAUACAAUGGAAGUCUCAGCCAUAUUUUGGGAUGUGUCGCAAAGUCACUAGAAUCACUUGUUUGCAAGGGCCUUGUGAACAAGGAAAAGUUGGAAUCCUUCAACCUACCUAUCUAUGGGCCAUCAGAUGACGAAGUAAUGGAAAUAGUUAUGGAAAGCCAUAUGUUUGACUUGGUUCACAUGAAACUCUUUGAGGCAAACUGGGAUCCUUAUGACGAUUCAGUAGAUGACGUUGUUCAUGACAUUGCCAGCAGUAGCCAAAAUAUCACUACGGGCAUUAGAUCUGUGCUGGAGUCUUUGAUAGCAAGUCAUUUUGGAGAAAGCAUACUUGACGUGUUGUUUCAAGAGUUUAGACCCCUUGUGGCCCAACACCUUGAGAGGGAGAAGACAAAGUAUGCCGUCAUCGUCAUGUCCUUGAAGAAAAUAUAGUAGCACGUGUGGUCCAUGAAUGUCCUCUCUCUUAAUUACGAGAUGCUUUUAAAGAGAUCAAACACAAUAUGGUGACAUAUAUCGUAAUAAGAACACUUGUGUGGUUUUGUUUCCCUCCUUUCAACCAUUUGCAAUAUUGCAUAAUGCUCAUAUUCUGUAAAACUCUAGCUAAAUGGAUUGUUUCUCCAUUGUUUAGCUAUAUAUGGUGUUUGGUUACUUGGCUAUAUUGAUUUGCCUCGGCAAGUAUCUAUAGGUUAAUUUGCAAAAUGAACUUCAACAUAUAUAUACAAAUAAUUAUACCGUGUAAGACCAUUAUGUCAAUUUUACCAGUUAUA